AUGAGCGAAGUGAGGCAUGAAAAUCCCAACGAAUUACGGGCUAAAAGAUCAGACGCUCUUGAAGAUGAAGAGACAGCAGAAAGCCCAACCGAGGAGGAUGCCGAGGAACCACUAGAUGAUUCUUCUGAGGAUGCCGCUGAAGAACUUGAAGAAGACUCUGCCGAAGAAACCACCAAGAGCCGAAAUGAGGAGGAUGAUGAGGAUCCAUCAGACGAUGCGUCCGAAGAAGACGAAGACGAAGAAUCCACGGAGAGCCCGAGCGAGGACGAUGCUGAGGAAUUAUCAGAGGAGUCCGAUGAAGAUGCCCCCGAAGACAACGAACAAGACUCUACCGAGGAAACCACCAAGAGCCGAAAUGAGGAAGAUGACGAGGAUCCAUCAGACGAUGCGUUCGAAGACGACGAAGAUGAAGAGAGUGAAGACGAUGCCGAAGAGUCGUCAGAGGAUUCUUCUGAAGACGCUGCCGAAGAUGAAGAAACCUCAGAAAGCCGAAAUGAGGAGGAUGACGAGGAGCCAUCUGAGGAGGAUGACGAGGAUUCAUCUGAAGAGGAUGAUGAAGAUCCAUCUGAGGGAGAUGACGAUGAUUCUUCAGAAACGUCCACAGAAAAGCCGAAGGAAAUUCCCAAAAAGAAACCAACAGGCAAGCGAUUCCCGAGAGACGAGACCGUUUUCAAUAAGAACAUGAUUUACGACGGUGUUGGUUACUACACUCAGCUGGUGUGGCAAAACACCCACAAAAUUGGAUGUGCUGUAGCAUCGUGUAAUAGCAUGACCUUAGUAGGCUGCCUCUACAAUCCGAGUGGCAACAUCGAAGGAGAAGUCAUCUAUGAGAUCGGGGAGCCAUGCACUGGCUGCACAUGCAGCAAGGAUGAAGGGCUUUGUGUUGCUCAAUAA